UCUCCUCCCCCCGCGUUGUUCUCCUUCCCCCCACCCCAAAUGCCAGCCAUGAUCGAGAAGGGCCCGGAGGUGUCGGGGAAGCGGCGGGGCAGGAAUAACAAUACCUCCGCCGGCGCGAAUCAUAACAAUAACGGGAAUAACAAAAGUUUGGCUGCUGCCCCCAACGGGAACAGCAGCAGCAACUCCUGGGAGGAGGGCAGCUCGGGCUCCUCCAGCGAUGAAGAGCACGCCGGCGGCGGCAUGAGGGUCGGCCCGCAGUACCAGGCGGUGGUCCCCGAGUUCGACCCCGCCAAACUUGCCAGACGAAGUCAGGAGAGAGAGAACCUCGGCAUGCUGGUCUGGUCGCCUAAUCAGAAUCUCUCUGAAGCAAAAUUGGAUGAGUAUAUUGCCAUUGCUAAAGAGAAGCAUGGAUACAAUAUGGAACAGGCUCUUGGGAUGCUGUUUUGGCACAAGCACAACAUUGAGAAAUCUUUGGCGGAUCUGCCAAACUUCACUCCAUUCCCAGAUGAGUGGACAGUGGAAGACAAGGUCUUGUUUGAGCAGGCUUUCAGUUUCCAUGGGAAAACCUUUCACAGGAUCCAGCAGAUGCUUCCUGACAAAUCAAUAGCCAGCCUGGUGAAAUUUUACUACUCCUGGAAGAAGACAAGGACUAAAACUAGCGUGAUGGACCGUCAUGCUCGUAAACAAAAAAGGGAACGUGAGGAAAGUGAGGACGAAAUGGAGGAAGCGAAUGGAAACAACCCUAUUGAUAUUGAAGUUGAACAAAACAAGGAGAGCAAAAAGGAGGUGCCUCCUGCUGAAACCGUUCCUCAGGUGAAGAAGGAGAAGCACAGUACACAGGCCAAGAACAGAGCGAAGAGGAAACCUCCCAAAGGAAUGUUCCUUUCUCAAGAGGAUGUGGAGGCCGUUUCUGCCAAUGCCACAGCUGCUACCACUGUACUCAGACAACUGGACAUGGAAUUAGUCUCAAUCAAGCGACAGAUUCAAAAUAUCAAACAGACAAACAGCGCUCUCAAGGAAAAACUUGAAGGUGGGAUAGAACAGUACAGACUUCCAGAGGUUGUUCAGAAAUUUAAUGCACGUUGGACCACAGAUGAGCAGCUUCUUGCUGUGCAAGCAAUCAGGAAAUAUGGACGAGACUUUCAGGCAAUCUCUGAUGUGAUUGGUAACAAAUCUGUGGUGCAAGUGAAAAACUUUUUUGUAAAUUACCGACGUCGUUUCAACAUAGACGAAGUUCUACAGGAAUGGGAGGCAGAACACGGCAAAGAGGAGACAAAUGGAACCAAUAGCCAGAAGCCCGUAAAAUCCCCUGAUAAUUCCACUAAAAUGUCUGAAGAGGAAGACGAGGCUACUUCUGUUCUUGAUGUCAGAUAUGCAUCUGCUUCAUGAGAAGGUGCUGUAGCCUAGAACAAUUUGUGUUGACUACUGUGUUAUCCAGGAUAUCAGGUAUUAGCAAACCUCAGACAGCCAUCUGCAUCAUAUCUGUGGACAAGCAGCUAUUACCAAAAAAAGGCAAACGCUUCCAGUCCUGUGCUACAUCUGCCUUAAUCUCCCCUCAUUCCUUCAUACUGCCUCCACUUUCUUUCAAAUGCACCCAGAUAGCUCAGCUCUCCAUCGCAUCAACGUCCUGCUUGAGCAUGGGGAUUUCUAGAACCAGUAACACCUGUCUGUAAUUUCGACCAACCUGCAAAACAAAAGGAGCUCCUUGGCAGCCCCACAGUAACUCUACAUGUUAGGAGUUCUUAUAAUACUUGGUCUGUAGGGUAUAAGUACGUAUUGCUGCAUGGCCUUGUGGUCUCUGCUUCCUGUGUAUUCUUACGAUGACACUAUUAUUAGUGAGCUUUCUAUAAAGGAGAGGCCUGUGCACAUGCCAGUGGUGUCAUGUUUGUUCUGAAAUGACGGGGCAUGUUAACAAGCAAUCUUGAAUAAUGCAAAGUGAUAGGAAAUGUUAUCUCGAAGGUUUGGUCAUUCCAAGGUUGUAAAAGUAAUCGUUACACUGCUGGUGUGUGCAAUUCUUUCCACUGUAUUUGUGUGUUCUUGCUUCAUAGAAAGCUCCCUAAAUGAGCAUUUUAUUCCUGUAUAUUUUAAUGGCUUUUAUUUAGUGCAAAAGGGAAAACGUAACCUGAAACUGUUUGAUAUGCUUUUUAAACCCUGGCAUUCAGCAUUUGCAUUGUAACUUGUUAAAUGAGUGCUACACAACUUUCUUUUUCCUGAUCUUCUGUGGGAUUAAGUCAAAACAACUUUCUCUGGUGCCUCUCCUUUUUGGAAUAUGUGCCUUUUUUACAUUUGGCUACCAUAGGUCACUUCCAGUCCCAGUGUCUCAUCCCUCUUCAGGGCGCUGUUUGCCAAAGACAUCAAACUACUUCUCCCACUGGAAGUCUGGGCAAGGGUUGGAGAGCAAAAUUCAACCUUCAAGUAGUUUUUGGUCUCUUGGAAGUUUAUUGGAGAAGAGCCGGGUUAAUUUCAUUGGCCAUUUUAACCCCUCUGAAGCACAAGUCGCUUUCAUGUUCUGAACCAAAAUAUGCAAUUUAAAAUCUAAGAGGUGCUUUUCCAAAUACUUGGUGCACGCAGCUUUCAGAACCGCCAGCCCUCUGUGCUGUGAUCUGUCUAGCUGGCUUGAGCUGGAGCUGUUCUUGGAAGUCCUGUGUUAGGACUUUGCACCUUGAGCAAGGCAGUUGGCUGCCGAGCAGACAGUAUUUAGAGGAGCUAGAAGCAGUAUUACUUCUUGCCUGGUGGAAAGCUGCAAAACAACACUAGUCACAAAGCAUUUAAAAAAUGGUUAAUUUAAUGAUGUUGGAAGAAACCAACAGGUGUCUUCGCGGGUGGAGAAAUGGACCUUUGCCUCUCUUCCUCUACAGAGGAUUAGGGUCAGGACAGCACGCAGCAGUGUGCGGCACCAGCUUCCUGAUGCAACCUGGAGUGAGCUAUUCUUGUCCUGCCCUACAGCUGAGGUGCAGUGUUCAGGUCUAGCCCCAACUUGGUGCUUGAGUCGCUGGGCCAUGCUGCGGUGGCUCAGAUUUCUGUAUGUAAAGCAGCUAGGUCAAUGCCAGCUGGCUGCCAGAGAGCUGCAGUGACAUCUCUCAGUGGUCACAGCCCAAGGAAAGGCAGGGAGGUGGCCUCAGUUACCUCUGAGGUUGUCUCUUCCUCUUGUGGGGAAAGUGAUUCAUCAUCAGAUAUCGAGUGGUGACAUGCAGGUGAAGGAGCAGGUGGGUAUUUCUUCGGAUGUGCUGCAGUGUUUAGCCCCAAAGGGGCCUGUUUUUGUCACUUCUGCAGCUGUUUCUGAGUGUAUUCAUUGUGGCAGCUCCAGAGAGAUCCUUAGAGUUGAUGAGGGGCUGGAAGGGAACCACUCCCUGUCUUCUGUUGGAAACUUCUAGUCUCUUACGUGACCCAAGUCUGUGGCAGCAUCCCUGCAUCUGUCUGUGUGAAGUGGCAGCUCUGAAGGUGGACCUGUGUGCAUCCCAUUGGUCCUACAGCUGCUGGAUAGGACACCGGUUAGCCAGCGAGAGGUAGGACUAAAGGUGGGCAAACAGCACUGUGAACUGAGCUGACAGUUGUGGUGCAAAGCAGUGCUGCUCGUUAGAAGCACCCUAGUGCUAAACUUCCUGCUGAUAUCAGUGUGCAGAGACAGAUCUGUGCCAGUGUGAGGGGACUGUGCAAUCAUACCAGCUGGUGGAGCUCAUCAGUCUGGGCUCCUGCUGGCCACUGAGCUACCUAUGAGGACUUCUCAGUUUUUGCCCUCAAAUCUGUCCAUCUUACAAUCAGAAAAGUUGUGUUUUGGCUUCAUCCCCAAGGGGUAAGGGGAAACGUGUAUAAUUUGUGAUAUUAGGAAGAAAAAAGUUGUUCAAUUACUUUUCAGUUGACAGCUAUCUUACUGUAGUUGAGACGUACAAUAUAAUAGCACUGUAUUUUAAAGGCUUAGUUUUUUUACAUUCUCUUUGUUUUUAAAUGCGAUAAAAUCAUUUUAGCUUUUGAAAGUUCAGAUGGUUUGGUCUUGUUUAGGUGAAGACCCUCUUCCUUUUUAAAAAUGGAUCAAGCAUUAGCUACAUCAACUGGUUGCAUUCUGAUUAGAAGGGUCCACAAAGAUAACUACAUAAGAUAGAAUAUUCACUUAAAUUUUGUUUCUUAAACUAUCAAUGUGAAUGUCAUAAUUAUAUAUAUUUUGUGGAAAAUGGGAAAUAAUUUCUCCUAAGUAUAAGUUAUUGUGCAAAAUAUGGUAUGGUUAAAGAAAAUGAUAGUUUAAGUUUUAGUUUUAGAAAUCUUAAAGAUAUAAAAGUGUAUUGCAUAUGCAUAAACAAAUUUCAUUUGUUCUAUUUAAUUUCUACGUAGUUGUGUAAAGUGCUAGGUAACUUCUUUUUUCCACUUAUCCAUUAAACAACCUUGUUACUUGAAUAUGCGUGUUUAACUGGUUUGAAACGGUGAUCAAUUUUUGUAGUAUAAUCUUACAACCAAGGGAAAAAAAACACACGCCUCAGUUGUGCUUAACAGUGUAGCAACAAUGUACAAUCAGACGCGUAAGACUAUAGCAGCCAUAACUGGUGGUGCAGCCACCGUGGUUGUCGGGAUACACUUAAUGCCGAUGGGGAUAAUGGAAUCCUAAUAUAUUUUUAUGAAUUUGCAGCCAGGAUGUCCCCAUAAAUAUUCACUAGAACACUUUUUUAAUAGAUGCUCCAAGAGUGAAACUCUUAUUCUCUCGAAGCAACGUCCUGACGAACGUUUUUCUUUCCUGUGCAAAGACAUCUGAAACGUUACGUAAUGAAAUACGCUCAUUGUCACUUUAAAUUUCAGUUUCUACUCUCUGAAUUGCUGAAAUGCUGUCGGUAUUCUUGCACACCAAAUAUGAGCCAAGCAGUGCAUUACACUAACUCCAACACUGGGUUUGUCACCAUCCAUCCCCAAGACAGUGAAGCGCAAAAAGAGUCCUAAGAGAUUUCUCUGAUAAUUGCGUUCUUUUUCUCCAGCCUGUACAAAACUGUGUGUACCCCAUUUGAUGACCUGAUACUUACUCUUAAAAAAAAAGAAAAAGGAAAAAAAAAAGACAAAAAAGAAAAAAAAAAGUUCUUAGCUCCAGCUUGUCUUCAGCAAGUCAAAAUCUAGCGAUCUUGUGCAAUGCCCCCAAAGCAAAUACUUUCUGCCACUCCCUGGAUUAAUGCAGCUUUUCCUGUUGAUAGUAAAGCACAAUUGCAGUGAAAGUUACAGUUCAGAAGAUGGAAGGUCAGUAUAGUCUAUGCAUGUUGUAUAAUAAUGAGUGUUUACAUUCAUAUUCUCCUAAAAUAAAAUUUAUACUGGAGUGUAUAGUAUUCCAUUAUGUAGAUUUUAUCAAUUUUGUUAACUGCUUAUAGAUUGCUUAAAAGAAGUUUUUUCAAGAUUUUAAAAGAUGUAUAAGGUUAAGUUUGCAAAUAUAAUGGAAAUGCUGUAUAGCUUUUGAAGUGAUAAAAUACUCGUCGGGAUUUUAAAGAAAGUAUGUUGUAAUAAUGCUGUUGUAAGUAAUAUUUUAAAUGUCUUUUUUGCCUGUUUUCUAUUAUUCAGCACACUUACUGUGAUGAAUGUUCAUAGCAUUAUAAAACUGCUUAGCCACUGAAAGGUAACAUUUGGUUUUGAAUUAUUUUACUGUACGAGGAAUUAUAGUGGGGUAAAUUCCUUUGUGAAAUUCUGCAUAAUUCAUUUUUCUAUGAUUUCCAAUGUUUGCUGACAUCAAAUAAAAAAUUUUUCAAGCCAUUGAUGUAAUAAAACAUGU